CUGCAGUCUUGUGCCGUCCUGCGCGCUGGAGAGUUGGGCAGGUUUUGCGCAGCGCAGCGUGUUGGGGACUGGAGCGCAAAACGACGCUGUUACUGGAGCGCUUGGCGACGUGCUGUGUAGAAUUAUGGGAGAUGUACAGUUGGUGAGCAGUUCCCAGCUCUCGAAGGGCAGGAUGACGCUGGGAAGGGCGUCUCCGAGUGAUGAGGCCCCAGUCUUCAUCCUCCCCCCCCGCAAUGCCCGUGUCUGUCUGGGGGGCACCGCUCGUCUGGAGGGCAAGGUGCGUGGUUCCCCGGAGGCCCAGGUGUGCUGGUUUAGGAGUGGGAAGGCCGUGAUUGCCGGAGGCCGGUUCUCCAUGGAGCAGAGCACACGUGGAACCUUCAGUCUGGUGGUGGAAGGAGUCCAGGACAACGAUGCCGGGCGCUACACCUGCGAGGCUGUAAAUGAUGCCGGCAGACGACAGGUUACCGUGGACAUCAUCGUAGAAGACAAUGCAGUGAAGAAGUAUGGCCUGCCCUCUUCCAGUAAACCAGGGAUUCGCUCCGGGCUCCCUGCUGUGGAGAACAGACCCAGUAUCUGGGGCGAAAGCCCACCAAAGUUUGUGAACAAACCCUCCCGUCUGUACCUGAAAGUGGGGCAGACAGGCAAGUUUUCAGCCAAGAUCACAGGACGGCCGCUGCCUCGAGUCCAGUGGUUUAAGGGUGAUGAGGAGAUCCAGACUUCAGAGCACUACGCCCUGUUUGAGAGGUCGGGCUUGCACUUCCUGGAGAUCCGCUGUGCGCGUGCAGAGGAUGCAGGGACGUUCGCCUGCCUGCUGACCAACAACGUGGGCAAGGCCUUGACCACAGCUGAUCUCACCGUGCAAGGUUCAAACCCAGAGGAAGCCAUAACUAAAUUCCCACCUCACGAUCUCCCAAACACAACUGCAUCUCCUACAGUCAGGCACACAACCAGUGGCCUUAUCAGUGAACAAAAACCCAACAUCGUAUCCGCACGGACCGUAACCACAGGGACACACGCAGCGGUGACCCCCACCACAGCAGCCAACGACAGCACGACACCGACCAGUCCAACGCAGCCCAUCGAUGAACCCAAAGGUGAGGGGUCACCCAAAGGUCAGCACGGGUCAGCCCACUCCAUUACCCUUAGAGGAGAACAGACCAGGAAGGGCAGUUGUGAGUCUGCCAGCAGGGGCCCAGAGCGCAGUCUGGUUGCAGAAGGUAACGAAUCUCGAGGGAGGAGCCCUGUGCCUGUGGGGGUGGAGCCUAGCAGAGAGGCCCGCAGACAAGCUAGAGAGAACCAACUCGAGGCCCUCGGAGCUCCGCCCAGCUUUGACUGGCAGCCUCAGAGCCAGGAGGUCACCGAGGGAGCUGAAGUCAUGUUCAGAUGCCAAGUGUCUGGCUGGCCCGUGCCUGCCGUGAGCUGGGCCAAAGACGGUGCUGAGCUCGGUCCACGAGUGAGUCAGCAGGAGGGCGGCGUGCACCUUCUGCGUUUGGAGAGUGUCCAGAGCACCGAUGCUGGCCGCUACACCUGCACCGCUACCAACAGCAGAGGGGAAGCCACCUGCAGUUGGGCAGUGACCGUCCAGAGCCUGCGUUUGGAGGGAAAGGCUCCAGUGUUCAGUCAGGCCCUGAACAGCUGUGCUGUGGAUGAGGGGAGCACCUUCACUCUGCGCUGUGCCGUGGAGGCCACGCCCCCAGCCUCCGUCUCAUGGCUGCUCAAUGAUAAGGCCAUCUCGUAUGGGGAGGCUAUGUUUGAUGGGGGCUGGGCCCAGCUCGUGGUUCAGGACGCAGUGGCCACCGAUGAUGGCUUCUACUCGUGUGUGGCUGAGAACGAGCAUGGGCGAGCCGUGUGUGGUGCCCGGGUGCUGAUCAGAGCUAAGGCGAGUGUUAAGAGGCCAGUUGGUCCACCGAUCUCGGAGACGAAGAGGUCUUCUGUCCCAGUCUUCUUAAAAGAGCUGCAGGAUCUGAAGGUGAUGGACGGCAGUCAAGUCACCAUGACCGUGGAAGUGACGGGCCAUCCUGCUCCAGAAGUGCUGUGGCUUCACAAUGGGAAGGAGAUUCAAGAGUCUGAGGACUUCCACUUCCAGAGAGAAGGAAGUCUCUGCAGCCUCUUCAUACAGGAAGUGUUCCCGGAAGACACAGGCACAUACAUGUGUGAGGCAUGGAACGUGGCGGGCGAGGCUCACACCCGAGCCUCGCUCACCGUGCAAGAGCCCCAGGAUGGCGUGCAGCCCUGGUUCAUCACUAAGCCCAAGUCCUCCACUGUGGACGUGGGUCAGCACGUCCUGCUGUCCUGCGCCAUAGCUGGGGACCCCUUCCCAGAGUUCUUCUGGAUGAAGGAUGGGUGCAAGGUCUCCUCCGGGCGGGACUUUGAGGUCCUGCAAAAGGAGGAUGUGGUGUCACUCCUCAUCAGGAACGUGAAGACUCACCAUGCUGGAAACUACGAGAUCUAUCUGAAGAAUAAAGUAGGAGAUUGCAGCUGUUUGGCCUCCCUGCUAGUGAACGAGGACCCUGUCAGAGAGCCGUCUACAGAAGAGGGUCAGAGAUCUAGAGGGGUGGAGAGGACAGCCAGAAAAAAGGGAGAGCAGAAAGAAGCGCCCAGCCUUGUGGCAUUCCGAGCAGAGCCAGAUCCCAUUUGGGAGCGCAGGGACGAGGACUGGGAUCCGGAGGAGCCGAUCGCCGCCCGCGGUCUCCUGAAGAGGCGCGUGGAGACCAAGGAGCAUCGGGAAGACCAGAUCCGCCAGAAGGAGGCCGAGCAGGUGGACUUCCGCACUGUCCUGGGCCGCAAGGUCACCACCAAGAGUGUCUCGGAGGAGGACCUAAAAGAGAUCACGGCCGAACAGAUGGACUUCCGCGGGAACCUCCAGCGGCAGAUCAAGCCCAAGACCCAGACGGAGGAGGAGAGGAAGGUGAGCAGCCCCCAGCAGGUAGACUUCAGAGCAGUACUGGGAAGGAAGGGAACCCCCGGACCCAAGGCAAGCACUUCUGGGAAAGAGGAAUGCAGCAAAAAUGACCCAGUUGACUUCAGGUCCGUGCUGACGAACAAGAGGAAUCCCAGGAGUAUUGGGAGCAGCGGCGAAAGCCCAGCACCGAAGGGUUCAACAGGGAAGGAGAACGAACAGAAUUGUGUGGACGGGGGUCCAAAUGACCUCCCGAAGACAGGAGUCGGGAAAGAGCUGGUCUUCCUUCAAAAACUGACUGACCUGUUGGUGCAGGAUGGGGAGCGUUUGCACCUGCAGUGCCGGCUAUCGUCUGCGACUCCAGCCUCCGUCACGUGGACUCUCGACGGGAAAGUCAUCAAGUCGUCCAAAUUCAUUGUCAUAACCAACGAGGGUGGUCUGUGCUCUCUGACCAUUGAUAAGGCCUUGCCAGAGGAUGAGGGUCAGUACGUGUGCAGAGCUGAAACUGGUUCAGGAAGGGCAGAGUGUUCCUGCAUGGUGCUAGUUGAUGACCCCAGUGCCACGAGCUCCACACUGGCUGACAAGAAACUCAAGAAGCCCUCCACACCAACCACAGAGACUGAGGCCAGGAUAAAGAAGCCACCUCCAAAAACGCCCCCAAAACAAGGGAUGUCCCCUCAGAUCCUGCAGUUUCCUGAUGAUAUGAAGAUCUUGGCAGGUGAGCGGAUAACUCUGCUCUGUAGGUUCUCUGGAGCUCCGCCCAUCCACUGCACCUGGCUCAAGUUUCGUAAACCGAUUCAGGAAGGUAGAGAUGGCAUCGUCCUUCAGAGCACCGAGUCCAGUAGCCAGCUGACCAUAGCCAGCGGGCAGCAGGAGGACUGUGGAUGUUACACCAUCGAGAUCAGGAACAGCUAUGGCAUGAAGCAAGCUGCCCUGAACCUCACCAUCGUGGACAAGCCUGACCCCCCUGCACGGGUCCCCGCUGCCACAGACAUACGCAAGUCCAGCCUGACCCUGUCGUGGUACGGCCCCACCUACGAUGGAGGCAGCGCCGUCCAGUCUUACAACCUGGAGAUCUGGGACUCAGUGGGCAAGGCGUGGAGAGACCUGGUGUCCUGUAACAGCACCUCCUACAGUGUCCAGAACCUGAUGCCCGGCAGACAGUACAAGUUCCGAGUGAGAGCUGCGAACAUCUACGGGAUAGGGGAGCCUAGCGCUGAGUCUGCACCCGUGGAAGUAGGACUGGACCAUGUGGGAGAAGAUGAGAAUAAGGAAGACGAGCUUGGGCCUUCGGAUGAUGAGUCGGAGAAGCAUCCUGAGUACAGAGACGUGACCAUCCGGACAGACGUGAAAGUUAAAGACCUCUACGAUGUGGGAGACCGACUGGGCUCGGGAAAAUUUGGAACAGUGUUCAAACUCAUAGAGAAAUCCACCAAAAAGGUGUGGGCAGGGAAGUUUAUAAAAGCGUACUCCGAGAAGGAGAAAGUAAACGUGAGGCAGGAAGUCCAGAUAAUGAACGACCUGCAUCACCCGAAGCUAGUGCAGUGCGUCGACGCCUUCGAGGCCAAGUGUGACGUCGUCAUGGUGCUGGAGAUGGUCUCCGGUGGUGAGCUGUUUGAGCGGAUCAUCGAUGAGGACUUUGAGCUGACGGAGAGGGAGGUGAUUCAGUACGUGUUGCAGAUCGUGGACGGCGUGGGCUUCAUGCACAGGAAGGGUGUGCUGCACCUGGAUCUCAAACCAGAGAACAUCAUGUGUGUGAACAAGACGGGGAGCAAGAUCAAACUGAUUGACUUUGGCCUUGCUCGAAGGCUCGAGAACUCAGGUUCACUUAAGGUCAUGUUUGGUACGCCAGAGUUCGUAGCUCCUGAGGUGAUCAACUAUGAAGCAAUCGGCUACCCUACCGACAUGUGGAGCAUAGGGGUCAUCUGCUACAUCCUUGUGAGUGGUUUGUCUCCAUUCAUGGGGGACAAUGACCACGAGACGCUGUCCAAUGUUACCUCGGCAACCUGGGACUUUGAGGACGAGGCGUUUGAUGAGAUUUCUGAGGAGGCCAAAGACUUCAUCAGCAGCCUUCUGAAGAAGGACAUGAGGGCUCGACUGAGCUGCGCGGAUUGCUUCCAGCACAACUGGCUCAAACAGGACACCAGCAACAUGGAGGCCAAAAAGCUCUCCAAGGAGCGCAUGAAGAAGUACCUCCUACGCAGGAAAUGGCAGAAAACGGGGCACGCCGUGCGGGCCAUCGGCCGCCUCUCCUCCAUGGCUCUGAUGGCAGGCGUCCACGCCAAGAAGGGCUCCGCGACUGAAGAGGAGACGCGAUCACCGCAGGAGCGCGUGCUUCAGAGCGCGAUGAAGCCCACGUUCACGACGCUGAUGAAGGACGUGGAGGUGGUGGAGGGCAGUGCUGCGCGCUUCGACUGCAAGAUCGAAGGUUAUCCAGACCCGGAGGUGGUGUGGUACAAGGACGAUCAGCCUAUCAAGGAGACGCGCCACUUCCAGAUCGACUACGACGAGGACGGCAACUGCAGCCUGGUCAUCUCCGAAGUGGGCGCCGACGAUGAUGCCAAAUACACCUGCAAGGCGAUGAACAGCCUUGGAGAGGCCACCUGCACGGCCGAGCUCAUCGUCGAGCUGAUGGUGGGAGAGGAGGAGGAGGAAUAGGUGUCAAAGCAUGAACAGACUGGGCACUCCACUUUAGUGUCAUGUGCUCCUUGCCCACGCGCACUGUCGGAUGGACGGCCCGUGCGCCCAGAUUCACGCCUCUCGCUCUCUCUGCUGGGUCUGCUAUUCACGCACCUUUUUCUUCUCAUGCCAUCAUGACCGUGAACACCGGACAUGGUGGCGGCGGGUGUUGAGGUAUUUAUGAAAUGAUUUUCAUGUUAUUCACAUUCCCGGUUUCAUGCGGUUUGGAUUAUUUGCAGUAUUUAAUUGUUUUCUUCUUAAACAAGCUGGCUCAUGAACCAUGUUUGCGUGCUCCCAGAUCAGCGUUAUUGUAUGUGAAGAUUCUGUUUUACUUUCGCAUGACUGUAUGUUCAAGUACUGUGUAAGCACAGGCAUAAUAACUUUAAUGCAUUUGUUUGGAGAUGUUGCCUUUCAGAAUUAAUAGCAAUAACUGUUACAGGUAACUGAAAAGCACAUUUUAACUGUUUUACAUUAGAUACGUAUGUAGAUUAUAUUUCUUUUAUUUUUUAUAAUGUGGACUAGUUUGACCAAAGUGUAGAUUACAUUGUAAUAAGAAACACUACAUCUGUAGUAACUCACUGUUAUAAAAUAAAUUUUUUAUCACAAAUAAA